AUGCCGCGCCCAAUUCCCCGCAUCGACAUCCCCCAUACCGACCUCUGGACCGCACUGUUCGAGAGGAAGGAUAAACCAUUCCCAGAUUCUCAAGUCCUCUAUCAAUGUCCCGUCACCGGCCGCAAUUACACCUAUGCCUCGCUCAGGAGGACCACCGAACAGCUCGGCUCCGGCCUGCGUCGUCACUUUUCCUGGCAAAAGGGCGAUGUCCUGGCGCUCUUCUCCCAGAAUUGCAUCGAUACCCCGGCCGUGACGUGGGGUUGUCAUUGGGCGGGUGGGAUUGUGAGUCCGGCGAAUCCAGCAUAUACAGUGAGGGAGCUGGUGCAUCAUCUGAAAGAUAGCGGUUCAAAGGCGCUGUUUACGCAGAGAAGCUUGCUUCCCGUUGCGCUCAAGGCUGCAGCUGAGUCGGGUAUUAGCAGGGAUCGGAUUGUUUUGAUUGGAGAGGAGAGAGAUCCUGGGUUCAAACACUUCACGCAGUUACUAGACGAGAUUCCACGGGGAACGAGGGCAAAGUUGGUCCCAGAUGAAGAUCUGAGUUUCCUAGUAUACUCAUCUGGAACCACUGGCUUGCCGAAGGGGGUCAUGCUGACGCAUCUUAAUGUUGUGUCUGAUAUGUUUAUGGUGAACAGCGCAGAAGGAGAACUUCUCAAGUGGAACCGGGACAAGAUUCUGUCCGUAUUACCAUACUAUCAUAUUUAUGGACUCCAAUGUCUUGUGCAUUUUCCUGCAUAUAGCGGAUUGACAACAGUUGUUAUGUCCUCAUUCAACCUCCAAAACUUCUGCUCCAUCAUCCAGAACUACAAGAUAACUUAUACAUACGUUGCACCGCCGAUUCUCGUUCACCUCGCCAAAAAUCCCAUCGUAUCCAACUACGACCUGUCGUCUCUGAGGAUGAUAACUUCUGGUGCAGCCCCUCUUACAAAAGACCUCAUCUACGCGGUUAAGGAUCGACUUGGAAUCGAAGUCAAGCAAGCUUAUGGGCUUAGUGAGACGAGUCCUGUAACUCAUGUCCAAAGAAAAUGGGACGUAGGCAUGGGUUCCAACGGCCCCCCUCUACCCAACCAAAUCGUUAAGUUUGUGGAUCCCGAUGGCAAUGAAGUGCCGACGGGCCAAGAAGGUGAAGUUUGGAUAGCAGGCCCCAACGUUUUCAAGGGGUAUCAUAACAAUAUUGCCGCGACGCUUGCCAGCAAGACUCCCGAUGGCUUCUUCAAAACCGGCGAUCUUGGGUACGAGGACGAGCACGGCAACAUGUAUAUCACGGACCGCGUCAAAGAACUCAUCAAAUUCAAAGGCUUUCAGGUUGCCCCCGCAGAAUUGGAGGGCUUGUUGAUGGGCCACGAUUCAGUGCAUGAUGUGGCCGUGAUAGGCAGCUAUGAUGAGAGCAUCGCGAGCGAGGUCCCGUUGGCUUUUGUGGUGUUGAAGGAGGGUAUGGAGAAGAACGAGGAGAAUGCACAAGCCAUCGUGAAGUGGUUGGAAGAAAGGGUGGCGAGGCACAAGAGGUUGAGAGGUGGUAUCAGAUGGAUCAAUGAGAUUCCAAAGACUGCCAGUGGGAAGAUCUUACGGAGGAAGUUGAAGAAUAUUUUGGCAGAGGAUGUGAAGGACGCCAAAGUCAAGGCGAAGCUAUGA